AUGUCUCAGGAUCAGGAAAAUCCCAAGAGUACAGAUGAGGCCUGCAGUGAGGGUGAGGGUACGGAUGUUGGCCAGAUCGUGAAAGCUUUGGAGGACAUCCGUCUCUCCUCCCCUCAUUUAGGGUCUUUUGGCAACAUGGAGGAGAUUCUUGCUUCUGGUAUACCCAGUACCCUCCAAGAACCUCAGUGUGGCCGCUCCGCUUCUACUGCCAUCACAACCACCUCAUCAGGCAAAUCCAAUGAGAUCUCCAACACCUCACAGUCACCACCAGAUAUUGAAGACCUACCCACAGAUCCUCUAGAAGAGAAAGUAGAUUUGAUGGUGAAGUUCCUGCUGUACAAGUAUCAAAUGAAGGAGCCAAUCAAAAAGGAGGAAACACUUGAUAUUGUUAUCAAAGAAUUCAAGGAUGACUUCCUUGAGAUUCUCAAGAUUGCCUCCAAGCAAAUGGAGCUGGUCUUUGGCAUUGAUCUGAUGGAAAUAGACCCCAUCAACCACUGCUUUGAUCCUGUCAAUAAGUUUGGUCUCACCUUUGAUGCAAGGCUGAGUAGUGAUGGUGGCAUGCCCAAGAUAAGCCUCUGGAUCGUUACCCUAGGUGUGAUCUUCAUGAAGGGAAACUGUGCCAAUGAUGAAGAGAUCUGGGAAGUAUUGAAUAUGAUGGGUCUCUAUUUUGGGAGGAAGCAUUUCAUCUUUGGGGAACCCAGGAAGCUCAUCACUGAAGAUUUGGUGCAGGAAAAGUACCUGGAGUAUUAUCAGGUUCCCAACAGUGAUCCUCCAUGUUAAUAAUUCCUCUGGGGUCCAAGAGCCCAUGCUGAAGUCAGCAAGAUGAAACUUGUGGGGUUUUUAACCAAGAUCCAUAAGUGUAGUCCAAGGUGCUUCCCAUUGCAGUAUCAGGAAGCUUUAAAAGAUGAGGUAGAGAGACUUCAGGCUGAAGUUGAAGGUAUGGCCAGUUUAAAUUUCAGUACCAAAUCCAGCAGCUUCUCCCACCUGUAG